GAUGAACGUAAUGAAGUAAUCACGUCCAAUAUAUGGCUAGAACAGGAAUGGAGUGAUAACAAUCUCAGAUGGGACCCAAAUGAUUAUAAUGGCACCACGCAAAUAUAUGUCCCCUCUCAGAUGAUCUGGAAGCCAGAUAUCGUGUUAUUUAACAACGCAGAUGGCAAAUACGAGAUCACCGUUAUGACAAAAGCUACAGUUUAUCAUGACGGUCAGGUCAUCUGGAUACCACCAGCUAUAUACAAAAGUUCAUGCCAAAUUGACGUGGAGUUCUUUCCUUACGAUGAGCAGGUGUGCUCGAUGAAGUUUGGCUCAUGGACAUACGAUGGUGGUAAAGUGGACCUUAAGCACAUAACCGAAAAGUACGCUAACGGGCCGAGUGGUAUGGUCGAGAUUGACUAUGCAGUGGACAUGCGCGGUUUCUCCUCCUCCGUAGAGUUCGACAUCCUAUCAGUUACUGGCGUGCGAGAAGAGCAUUAUCCUGCCUGGGCCAACGUGCAUUACCCUGACGUCACGUUCAGGAUUCGGAUGCGUAGAAAAACUCUCUUCUUUACUGUCAAUUUGAUGAUGCCCUGCGUUACCAUUUCUUUCCUCACGGUGCUCGUGUUUUAUCUGCCUUCUGAGAGUGGCGAAAAGAUCAGUCUUUCUAUUAGCAUUCUUGUUUCACUCACUCUUUUCUUCCUUCUUCUCGCAGAGAUCAUUCCUGCCACCAACCUUGUAGUUCCUUUGAUUGGAAAAUAUCUGCUCUUUACAAUUAUUCUCGUGUCACUUUCAAUUAUUGUUACUGUGAUAGUACUCAAUCUGCAUCAUCGAGCUUCCGAAGCACAGAACAUGUCAGGCUGGUUGCGGGUCGUAUUCCUGGGCAUUCUACCCAAGAUCCUGCUUAUGACACCUGCCAGAGAGAGCGAUGAAUCGAAUGAUGAAGAGAAGCAACGAAAGAGUACGAGGGAAGAUCUAAGAGUAGAGCAAAUUAGUGAAGAAAAUGGAGGCCAAAAUAUCCCAUCACUGGCUCAGUCAACAAAUUCAGGGAAAGAAAACAUUGAAUGCAGGAUUGGAAGCGUCGUAAAACGCACUGGUAGAGUGCCUAGUUCAGCUCAUCCAUUAAAACGAGAUCGAAAAAAAAUCUGUUCCGAGGAAGAAGUAAUGCCAGCAAAAAACCACGUGCAUUCAUAUCCAUGGAAGCUAGAAAGAGAUGAAGACAUCAAAACUAUGGGGGAAUUGAUAUCGAACAGGCAGAAAAGGAUCAAAAUACAGAACGAACAAGUAAGGAAAUAA